AUUGUCACGUGACGGUCUCACCAGGAAACCCAUCUAAUGUCGUCAGACGUGAAGAGAUGCCGAAGAAAACAUAUUACAACAAUUAAAAUUCGAAAUGUACUGCUUGUUAAGUGUAACAUAUCACUUAUUACUCGCCUUCACUGUGGGCCUGUCCCUCUUAGCAACCCAUGGAAUCGCCGGUAAAAUGAAGAUAGUCGAGGCGCCGAAUACCUUUGGGGUGAACAACAAUUUUCUGUCUCACGGAAGCAGACUGCAGGCUAAAGUGCUUCCAUCGCCAGUGUCUGGACCUUCGCACCUUUUUCAUUUGGCUGGAAGGUGUUUCAGUCUCACACAAUCAGUGUAUAGAUACGAGCUGUGUCCAUUUCAUAACAUCACCCAACAUGAACAGUCAUUCCGAUGGAACGCUUACAGUGGGAUCCUGGGGAUCUGGCACGAGUGGGAGAUGGCAAACAACACUUUUACAGGCAUGUGGAUGAGAGACGGCGACACUUGUGGCACCAGAAACAGAGAAGCAAAGGUGCUUCUUGCCUGCAGCAGCCAAACCAAACUUGCUCAAGUGUCAGAGCCGAGCACUUGCGUGUACUCGCUAACUUUUGAGACGCCACUUGUUUGCCACCCGCAUUCUCUUUUAGUGUACCCAACCCUAAAUGAGAAGCUGCAAAAGGAAUGGGAUGAAGCCGAACAGGCUCGCUAUGAAGGCCUUGUCACUGAGCAAGGAUACAACAAUCUGGUCAGGGAUGUGUUUGAGGAUGCCGGCCUCCUAAAAAGUCAAAAAGCGGCCAGGAAGCCGCCCCGGGUCGAAGCUGAAGUGGAAACGCACGGAGGGGCCUUUUACCUUUUGCAGGACUUCCACAAGCAGCGAGAAGAGAUCGCGAGACUGCGAGCCCUGCUCACUCAUCACAAUAUCGCUUUCGAUGCAGAACCAGAUGAGACAAAAGGUGCCAAGACGACAGCGGAGGCGCAGCAGUUGCGUGGCGACGUUGGCCUUUUGGAGCUCGCUAAGCAGGACGCGGCGUGAGCAACGGGACGGAUUUGCGUGCAUGCCGUCCACAUGAACGUAAGACGGGGGCGGCGACGUGCUUAAACGGGACUCUGCGGAGAUGACGCCAACCUGAAAUGGGAGACUGAAAACUUUUAAAUGAAAGUUUUUCUUUUUAAUAUCUCUUAUUGUUAUGGAAAAAUACUUCCCAAGAUGUCCUGGAUGAAUACGCUGAAAUCACUUUACAAAUGUGCAAG